GGGGAUUUCUAUCGCAUCACUCGAACGAUUUCCCUCUUUCUUGCUUCGUGUUUCUCCUUCGAAGGAUUCCGUUUUCCCCAUCAUCACCAUGGCGUCCAAUCACCGAUUGCUUUGAGUUUCUGCAACUAAGUCCAACGAGUCGCCGAUCGGCUUGAGUUUCCCAAAUUCAUUUCACCGCAGUAUCACCGGAAAUAAGGGGGGAAAGAAGAGGUUUAGUUGUCGGAUUCGGAGAACCACACUGUUUUCUGAGCUUUUCCUCUUCAAUUUCCUGCAAAUUCACUGUUCAUGUCAAUACCACAAGAACUUUAUCCAAGUCAAGACGACUUGUUAUACGAAGAAGAACUCCUUCGCAAUCCAUUCAGCUUGAAACUAUGGUGGCGAUACUUGGUCGCUCGAACCGAAGCGCCGUUCAAGAAGCGAGCUAUAAUCUACGAGCGAGCCCUCAAAGCCCUACCGGGAAGCUACAAAUUAUGGUACGCUUAUCUCCGUGAACGUCUCGAACUUGUACGGAACCUCCCCAUCACACACUCACAGUACCAAACCCUAAAUAACACAUUUGAGAGAGCACUUGUCACAAUGCACAAAAUGCCACGGGUUUGGAUUAUGUACUUGCUGACCUUGACGGAGCAAAAGCUGGUCACUCGGACUCGCCGCUCCUUCGAUCGGGCGCUCUGCGCGUUGCCGGUGACGCAGCAUGAUCGGAUUUGGGAGCCCUAUUUGGUGUUUGUCAGCCAAAAGGGCGUCCCAAUCGAGACUUCACUUAGGGUUUAUAGGCGGUAUUUGAAGUAUGAUCCUACUCAUAUAGAGGAUUUUCUUGAGUUUUUGGUAAAUUCGAACCUUUGGCAAGAGGCAGCCGAGAGAUUAGCAGGGGUCCUGAAUGAUGACCAGUUUUAUUCAAUAAAGGGGAAGACCAAGCAUAGGUUGUGGCUCGAGUUGUGUGAUUUGCUCACGCAGCAUGCGAAGGAAGUUUCAGGGUUGAAUGUGGAUGCGAUAAUCAGGGGAGGGAUUAGGAAGUUCACAGAUGAGGUUGGCCGGCUUUGGACUUCGCUUGCAGAUUAUUAUAUCAGGAGAAACUUAGUGGAGAAGGCAAGGGAUAUAUUUGAGGAGGGGAUGACUACAGUUAUAACAGUUCGGGAUUUCAGUGUGAUUUUUGAUGCAUAUUCCCAGUUUGAAGAGAGUAUGCUUGCUAUAAAGAUGGAAGAAGAAAGUGAGGGAGAGGAUGAUAACAGUGAAGAAAAUGCUGAGGAGGAUGACGAAGAAGAAGAUGACCGUUUGGACGUAGCCAAGCUUGAGAAGAAGCUCAAAAGAUUUUGGUUGAGUGAUGAUAAAGAUGUAGAUUUGAGGUUGGCACGGUUGGAACAUUUAAUGGAUAGGAGACCAGAACUGGCUAAUAGUGUGCUUCUUCGUCAAAACCCACAUAAUGUAGAACAGUGGCAUCGACGAGUAAAGCUUUUUGAAGGUAAUCCGACGAGGCAGAUUCUUACUUACACUGAGGCAGUGAGGACUGUUGAUCCCAUGAAAGCUGUGGGGAAGCCUCAUACAUUGUGGGUUGCUUUUGCAAAGUUGUACGAGACCCACAAGGAUAUUGCCAAUGCAAGAGUGAUAUAUGAUAAGGCAGUACAGGUAAACUACAAAGCUGUUGAUCAUUUGGCUAGUGUUUGGUGUGAAUGGGCUGAAAUGGAGCUUAGACACAAGAACUUUAAGGGGGCUCUGGAACUGAUGAGACGGGCUACAGCAGAACCAUCAGUGGAGGUCAAACGAAGAGUGGCUGCUGAUGGCAAUGAACCAGUGCAGAUCAAGCUGCAUAAAUCCUUGAGGCUUUGGGCAUUCUAUGUUGAUUUAGAGGAAAGCCUGGGGACAUUAGAGUCAACUUGUGCAGUUUAUGAAAGGAUUUUGGAUCUAAGAAUAGCCACACCACAAAUCAUAAUUAACUAUGCUAUGCUUUUGGAGGAACACAAAUAUUUUGAGGAUGCAUUCAAGGUGUAUGAAAGAGGUGUCAAGAUUUUUAAAUAUCCACAUGUAAAGGACAUAUGGGUCACAUAUCUUUCCAAGUUUGUUAAAAGAUACGGGAAAUCAAAAUUGGAACGUGCAAGAGAGUUGUUUGAGCAUGCUGUUGAAGUGGCCCCGGCUGAAGCUGUAAAGCCAUUGUACCUACAAUAUUCCAAACUAGAGGAGGAUUAUGGUCUAGCAAAGCGGGCAAUGAAGGUUUAUGAUCAAGCUACGAAGGCAGUCCCAACCCAUGAAAAGUUGAGCAUGUACGAGAUCUACAUAGCUCGUGCUGCGGAGAUAUUUGGGGUUCCAAAAACAAGGGAAAUAUAUGAGCAAGCUAUAGAAUCUGGUCUUCCAGAGAAAGAUGUGAAAUCCAUGUGCGUGAAAUAUGCUGAGCUUGAGAAGAGCCUGGGAGAAAUCGAUCGGGCCCGUGCAAUAUAUGUGUAUGCAUCUCAGUUUGCAGAUCCACGAUCAGACCCUGAUAUCUGGAACAAAUGGCACGAGUUUGAGGUUCAGCAUGGAAAUGAAGACACCUUCAGAGAAAUGCUACGCAUUAAACGGAGUGUUACUGCAAGCUAUAGCCAGACUCAUUAUAUCCUUCCAGAAUACUUGAUGCAAAAGGACAAGCCAAAUCUGGACGAAACAAUGGACGCGUUGAAAAAAGCCGGGGUUCCAGAAGACGAAAUGGUUGCUUUAGAGAAGCAGUUAGUGCCCGCAGCCAAUGACGCUGCCACCAAAGAUGGUGUCCGGAAAUUGGGAUUUGUCAGCGCUGGGAUGGAGUCUAAGACAGAUGGUGUAGUAAGAGUCACCGCAAAUCAUGAGGAUAUUGAGCUCCCGGAGGAGAGUGACUCAGAAGACGAGGAAAAAGUUGAGAUUGCCCAGAAAGACGUCCCCUCUGCGGUGUUUGGUGGUCUGGUUAGGAAGCGGGAGGAGGCCGAUGAAGAAGAUGGUACUGGAGAUGACACUGCUGCUGCGAAAGAUAAAGGAGGGGAUGUUCAUCUGGGUGCCCUGGAGAGAAUAAAAAGGUUAAGACGGGCCGGAUAGUGAGUGAAUCGGGUUCGAAGAGCUCGCUCCAUCAAAUAUAUAUCAUGGGUACAAAAAAUGUUUUUGACAGGUAGAACUGUACUGGCUACCAGCCUCAGCAGAGUGAAGGUAGAUGAGAAUUGUGAGUGUAUUUUAGAUGAAGGUUUUUCUUUUCCUCUGCAGCAGCUUUUCUUUGGUCUGGACUCUGGAGUUGGGAAAUUAAGGGAUAGAUUUCAUUGAUUAGUGCAUGAGAUAGCUUAUAAGAGUUUCUUUUUUUCUCUUUUUUCUCCGCUAAUUUUGUAACGAUAGGAUUUUCUCAUCUUUUGGUAAUCUAUUUGGGCCAUGGCAGUGUAAUUUAGUAUGGUAGAUUAAAUAGCCACUUUGUCGUGUUUGAGAAUUGUAUUAAAUGUUAAUUGCCACCUUAUGUUAUUUUCACUGCCUUAAUUUUCCCUUUCA